GGGGACUGGACCACAAUCCCAUUGCUGUGCUGUGUGGUGCAGCUGUGGAUCAGGCUUUGCAAGGAGGCUGUGGCUGGGCUGGGCUGUGACACAGGUGUGUGGCUCAGUGGUGUAAACGCAGAGGGAGCUUUGGGGUGCCAGGUGACACAAUCACUGUGUGACUUCACUUAACUCUUGCUUGGUGUUUAUGGUGCAUACUUGUUGCUUGGUUUGAUCUGUUUGGUUGCAUAAUGUGUGUGUCUUUCCCUUGUUAUGAAUGGGAGCAGUUAAUGUACUGUCAGUCGGUCUGCAAUGAAAAUAAGUAAUUUCUAAACUGAGAGGAUGUUUGACCAAUUGCAUUUACAAAACCAACAUGCAUUUGCUGCCCUUUUAGAUUCAUUAGUGUUAUUGCAUCCUAAUCCAAGCACCAUGGUGUUUUCCAGCAGUUGUUUACUAAAUACACAUGAAAGUAGCCAGCUCCGUUUUGCUCUAGGACUGGGAUUUCAAGCAGCAUACGAAUGAGAGGUCUGAGAACUGCAAAGUGAGAGUAUUUGCUGUGAUGCUAUCAACAGAGCAUACCAAAUACCUCUGUAAAACGUGAGAAAUAGCACUGCUCUGCAAGAGCAAUCCAUAAUGUAACAAUGUACUUGUAGCUUAUUGAUAUAGUGACUUUGGUUUAUUAAACAUUUAUUUGUAGCCUCAGUAACAUUACAUCUGAGGCUUCUAAUUGGAAUUUAGAAAGGCUAAUAAAUUUUGAUUUCAUCCUGAGUGCUCUCAAUUCAGGGUGUUUACAUUAGUGCUGAGUAAAAGCGAUGCCUUGACUGCAUGGGUGAGUGGUGUGCAGCGACUGCUGGCUGUGCUGGUGUUGUUGGCAGUGUGUCUGGGCAGCAAACAGACCAAGGCAGCAUUGGUGUGAAUGGUCACGGCUCCCAAAUUAAUAGCGAUGCACCAAGCCUUGGAUAUACCCUGAAGCAAAUACGCAGUAUGAAAGCACUGUAAAAUGAGCUCUGUCAAGGCAAGGUAUGUCACAGUGACUUAAUACAGCUGGGCUUAAUUUUGCCAUUAGCAGGUAACAUGUCUUGUUAAUGCAUAUUGCUCAAACCAAGCAGCAGCCUGUCACUUGCAUGUUAUAGAAAUGCCAUCUCCUGCUUCAUUAAGUGGUCAUUAUGCUUCAUUAUGGUCUGUGUUAGCAUAUGCUGUGAAAGGUCAAAGCUUCCCUCAGCUCCUGUGGAAAUAGAACCAGAGUGAGGACUCCUCUUGGUAUUUUCUUUAUGAGAAGUAAUGGCACAGUCUGGUGGAGAUGAGGUGCAGAGCUCUGUGGCUGAGCUGUUCUGGAGCAGGCUGUGCAUUGGGAUGCUCUUGGCUGCUCUUCCAGGCAUUAGCUCAGGGUUAUGCACGUAAGCAAACAUGCAGCAGUUCCACCUGACAACCCCAUGGGUAGCUUGUGUUUCUAUUCUUCUGAAUUAAAAAAAAAAAAAGCCCACUUUGAAGCCCUCUUUUCACAUCUACUCGUUCCCUGCCGGAGAGCAGGAUGAGUGGAGAAAUCACAGCCUCAGGAGAGGCUGACAUGGAAGAGGGUGGGAGAAAUGCAUCAGAGCUCUUUGGUACAGAAUUGCUGUGGGUCUCACAGGUUUUGGUGGGGUCAUGGACCAUUGGCCAGGUGCUGUCACCUGGGGGAGGUAAGGCUCCUGUGUGCUGGGGGCCAUCUGGAGCCCCAGGCUGCUGGCUGGCCCUGCGGCUCUGAGCACAGCCUCUGAAUGUGAGAGGAAUAAUGAUAUUUAGUCACAUCGCCUUGUCUGGUGUGGUUUGCUGCUCAUCACAUUGGGAAAUCCCACUGCUCCAGUUCCGCAGGGGUUGUGCAGGGGCAGCAUCCCUGUGGGGAAAUAGCUCACAAAGCUGUUGCCAUAUGGGAAUUCAUUGCCUGCACACUGAUGGGUGCAGAGUAGGAAGUCUGUGUCUCACUGAAUGUGCCAUGGAAGUCUGCAAAGCCCCACCAGCAGUUGCUGUGCGGAGAUGUGAAAUGAUGAAGUCAAGAAGUUUUCUGUUGUCUCUCAUUUUGCUUGGGGCUUUCCUGUCGUUCACGAGGGGAUGGAUGGACUUGGAUGGGAGCAGAAGGCCACACUCAGACCUGGGGAGGCUGCACCAAGAGGUAUCCGGAAGGUUUGAAGUCACAAGAAGAAAAGUACUUUAUGGUCAGGAUGGCCUGCAUGCAUCGUGUGAGAAGAAAUACUGCGGCCGAGGGAGUAGGUGUGUGGUGAACAGGGACACCAACCAGCCUGAGUGCAGGUGUGUAGAAGACUGCAAGUCCAGCUACAUGCCGGUGUGUGGAUCUGAUGGCAAGUUUUAUGAAAAUCACUGUCAGUUACAUCGAGCCUCAUGUCUGCAGAGGAAGAAAAUCUACAUUAUCCACAGCAAGGACUGUUUCUUCAAAGGUGACACGUGCACCAUGGCCAGCUACAGGCAGCUGAAGGGCGUCGUGUUGGAGCUGCAGGCGCAGCGCUCAGCCCCACCGCGCCGCCCACCCGCCGACAGGGCUGCCCAGAAACGUGCUUUGGUGGAGGAGCUCUUCCAGCACCUGGAUGCAAACGGGGAUGGGCACCUCAGCAGCUCGGAGCUGGCACAGGUAAUGAAGAAAGAGGAUCUGGAAGAUGAUUUAUUGGAUUGUACACUGGAAGACCUCCUCCGGUUUGAUGAUUAUAACAACGAUGGGCACUUAACCCUGCAAGAGCUCUACACAGCCUUCCAGGUGGUCCAGCUCAGCCUGCCCGAGGAGCAGCGGGUCAGCAUCACCACCAUCACAGUGGGCCUCAGCACCAUCCUGACGUGCAGCAUCCGCGGGGCGCUGCGGCCGCCCAUCAUCUGGAAGCGCAACGGCAUCAUCCUUAACUUCCUUGACCUGGAAGACAUCAAUGAUUUUGGAGAAGACGAUUCCCUCUACAUCACCAAGGUAACAACUAUUCACAUGGGCAAUUACACCUGUCAUGCCUACGGCUAUGAAGAGCUGUAUCAGACCCACAUCCUUCAGGUGAAUGUGCCGCCGGUGAUCCGCGUCUACCCCGAGACGCAGGCGCAGGAGCCCGGCGUGUCGGCCAGCCUCAAGUGCCACGCCGAAGGCAUCCCUAAUCCCCGAAUUACCUGGCUGAAGAACGGCAUGGAUAUCAUGCCAAAACUAUCCAAACAGCUCACGCUCCUGGCAAACGGGAGUGAGCUCCACAUCAGCAGUGUUCGGUAUGAAGACACUGGUGCCUAUACCUGCAUUGCUAAGAAUGAAGUGGGAGUGGAUGAGGACAUAUCUUCACUUUUCAUAGAAGAUUCCGCAAGAAAGACCCUUGCAAACAUACUGUGGCGAGAGGAAGGCCUGAGCGUCGGGAAUAUGUUCUAUGUCUUUUCUGAUGAUGGGAUCACGGUCCUUCAGCCAAACGAAUGUGAGAUCCGGAGGCACAUCGGGCCCGAGGAGAGGAUCUUCUCCACUUAUGAGGAGAUCUGUCCCAGAGUGGAAGGGGAAGGCGCUCAGUCCUGCCUCUGGGCCUCCGCAGUCAAUGUCCGAGACAAAUAUAUCUAUGUGACACAGCCAAAGCAGAACAGAGUAGUGGUCAUCGACAUCCAGACACAGAAAGCUGUGCAGUCUGUGGAUGUGGACCCAUUGCCAACCAAACUGCAUUACGACAAAUCCCAUGACCAGGUGUGGGUGCUGAGCUGGGGUGAUAUGCGGCGGUCAUCGCCAACGCUGCAGGUGAUACCGGAGGCGAGCGCAGGGGAGGAGCAGCACGUGAUCCGCACGCCCUUCAAAGGAGUGGAUGACUUUUUUAUACCACCUACAAACCUUAUUAUUAAUCACGUUAGGUUUGGCUUCAUCUACAACAAAUCAAAACCCGCCGUCCACAAGAUCGACUUGGAGACAGUGACCCACAUCAAGACCAUCAGCUUCAGGAACUACAGCUGCGCACCACAGACCAUGGCCUACACCCACCUGGGGGGGUACUUCCUGGUGCAGUGCAGGGACCGGCGGGGGGCUGCAGCCCCACAGCUCCUCAUCGACAGCGUCACCGACACCGUCAUUGGCAGCAAUGGCGCUGUGCUGGGCACGCCGCACGUCUCACCAGAUGGGCGCUUCUUGGUCAGCACGGAUGGGGAUGCAGGCAGGAUCCAGGUCCAGACUGUGACUGUCCAGGGGGAAAUCAAGUUGAUUUAUGACUUACAAACAAACAUACACGUAUCUGAUCUGACAUUUCAACCCUCUUUCACCGAAGGCAAUCAGUACUAUAUAUAUGCGACUUCACAUUUGCAAACAGAUGUGCUUGUCGUAGAGCUGUCAACGGGGAAAAUGAAUGUACUGAAGAAUUUAAAGGACCCUAUCACAUCCAAAGACUGGCCCUGGAGCAGCUACAACAGAAUUGUGAAAGACAGUGGGUUGUUUGGACAGUAUCUCAUCACACCAGCGAAAGAUUCAUUGUUUGUUAUAAAUGGGAGGCAAAACACGUUACGCUGUGAGGUUUCAGGUAUAAGGAGAGGUAACACAGUGGUCUGGGUUGGGGAGGUAUGAAGGGGCAGCAGCAGCAGAGCCUUUGGCAGACAGUACCAGUCGGACCUUUAUGCUGCAAAAAGUGAGCAGUAGCAUUGUAUAUUUUUACACUGGGGGAAAAAAGACAAAAAGAAAAAAAAACAAAACAACCCUGUAUAGGCUUCAUGGUACAACACUGGUCUACUUGCAAGUUUUAUAAUACAAGGUAUGCUCUGCUAAUAGGAAGUGGUUCUGAAGGGAUAUACUUUUUUUUAUUUGGGGGGUAUGAGCUGUGGUUAUGAGAAACAUGCUGGGAAGCAAAUAUCUCCACUGAGCUACCACGUAAGCCACAAAACUUAGUGAUUCUGUAGAACAAAACCAAUUUUGAGUUUCCAUAUUGAAGGGCUUUUAGUUACGUUCACACCACCCGUUCUCUUCCCACCCGCCACGUCAGCUGCCCUGCCCAAAGUCUGCAACUAGAAUACACGAAGACAAAGGAAAAUAAGCAUCAGAGAGCAGUUUUCAAACCACGGAGACCUGGGAGGGAGCUUUAAUGAAAAGCGAUCCGUUUUCUCUGCAGGUUGGCUUUGGGAGGAUUCAUGGAUGUGGUUUCAGAAAGAGGCAGAACAGAAAUAGUAACUGUCAGCUCACUGUCUUCGGUGCUUAAUUUUGCUCCUGGUACUACUGAAAGCAGUGUUAUGAGCCCUGCCUCUUCUAAUGCAUACGUGUAAGAUUGCAUAGGAGAAAUUCAGCAUGAAAUAUCCAGGCCACUAGAGUGCGUGAAAGCCAGAAAGGACUGGAAAGGGUCAGAUUUUGCUAAAUAUGUAUAUACACAUAUAUAUGUAUAUACUGAGAAUGGGGGUGUUAGUCCUUCAGCAUCUUGUGAGUGCAGUCAGCUUGGGCAUAGGGUGCAAAAUCCGCUCUUCAGUGGGCAGAGAAUUAAUCACAGUCAGUCCCAUAGGAGGCAGCAGCAAGUUGCUGGUUGCUCUCAUCAAAUAUUUAGUAGUGCUGAAGUCGCCAGGCUCUUCAUAAAGUUACCACAAUGACAGAGGGUAUUUUAAGCAGAAAACUCAUUUUCUAGUUGUAGCCUUCACUUGCCUGUUUCUUUUCAGACAUUCUGGGAAAACAUUCUUUGUUGUUUUCCUCCCCAUUUCCAGUACACUUUUUAUAGUCAAUUAUCUUUUUAGUUAUGAGCAAAGAAGUUCAUGUAAAACCAGCAGAAUUACCCUAGAAUGCAACAGCUGGCACCAAGAAAUCCCACUUCAGUUCCCGUAAAAAUAUAGAUCCAUUUGGUAAGACAUGAAAACUUUUCUAGUUGCUUUUUUGUAACUUUCUAUAUACGUUACUGUGAAGUAAUCAGGGCAGGAGCAGCUCUGGCUCACAAACGGUGCAAACCAUGAGAGUGCCACAGCCACUGUGCACAGACAGCCACGAGCAGUUGGAUCCCAGCACCGCUUUGAAAUGUGGCCUUGAUGUGGGGGCAAGCUCUCCCCAGAGGUAAACAUCUGCUGCAUCAGAGCCACGCACUGUGCUUUUGGAAGACCCGGCUCCUUUUGAGAAUGACCUUAUUGCCCAGAGUUGUACGGAAGCAAGCACUGCACACACACAUCCAGAGGUAUUUAGAGGCGCAGUAAUCAUUUUCCAACAGAGGUGCUCAAAGUCAGCCAUUUUACGAUGCACACAGAGGGACUUAAAGUAAGAAGGAUGCAGACUAGCAAUGGUAAUCUGUGCAUUAAGUGUUUAACUGUAACCAAAAGAGAAGCAUUUCAGCAUGGCUGUAGACCUGAAGUAAUUUAAACCAUUCCAGUUCUAUAGAAAACAUAUAGAAAUCUGCUCAGACAGACAAAGAAGAGGAGAUGAAUCCUAUGAAUUCAUUCAACACAGCGUCCUUUAAAUUGCCCUUCAACACCCAUAGGCUUAAACCUACAUGUAUUGUCACUGAUGAGCCAUAGGGGUUAGAAGAGACUAUCCCCUCAUUGCAACACAGGCAUAUAAGAGAGAUUGGCGUAGCCUCCCUUUAGCAAUGCAUGGUGUCCAUGAUUUUCUACUCAUCUGGUUAGGAAACAUACCCAUGUCAAGAAAAGGAGGAGACCAGCUUUGUAAGUACCUUUAAAUAUGCACAACUCCUUUCUUGAACAAAGCUGUAUCCAUACAUUGCAGCCAUCCUAAAUGUGUUUUACUACGGCCAAACACUGCUCUCGUGUUCUCUUUUAUGACUUCUUGAAUCUUUUGUCAUGCCUAUGUUUCCCUGUAGAGACAUUCAUUGUGUCAUAGAUCAAAUAUUACUUUUUUAACAAUAUUUAAAAGGAAAAAAAAAAACCAACAACCUGUAAAUAUAUCUGUUCAGGUGAAUAUUCUUGAGGCUGGUUUAUAUAUAGGCUGUGAAAGAUGUGUAACAGACCUCACUUCUCCCUGUUUGUCGCAAAAUAUUGGAAUAGCGUUCACUUGAAAACUCCCACCUGGACCUUCCAAAGAUGUUCCCUUUCUUCCCCCUCAGCCCAAGUUCUGGUGAUGUGUUUUCUAAAUUAUCCUAAUGGUUAUAUAUCAUACUUAGAAAAUGAAGUACAACUUAGAUUGUCCACACUCCUUGUGAACAGCUCCAAUGACCGUCAGUUCUGACAUUAAAGUGCUGCACAUUUGUUA